AUGAGUGCCCACGAUUUACCACAUCGUGUCGAUCUGUUCCUCCGCACCUCAGGAGGAGGCGCAUUCGGCACGGAUGCUCGGAGACCUUCACACGCCGCGUCAGACAACAGUCCCUACACAGCGACAUUGCACUCUGCAUCGACGAGCGACAGCUACCAGAGCUCGGAGGGUAUCAGCCCUGGCACACAGCAAACACCCAUUGAGCAAAGACCUCGACAUAUGAGUCUAGAUGGCGCGCUUGCGUCGAGAGUCCUGCCACCUCCGCUUGGCUCUGGUCUACAGCAAAGUGUGACUCAGCACAUCGUUGGAUCCUUCAAGUGCGAUUAUCCAGGCUGCACCGCUCUACCUUUCCAGACGCAGUACCUUCUUAAUUCACACACCAACGUUCAUUCCUCAAAUCGCCCGCACUAUUGCCCUGUCAAAGAUUGUCCUCGAGGCGAGGGUGGCAAAGGCUUCAAACGAAAGAACGAGAUGAUACGCCACGGGCUUGUGCAUCAGUCGCCUGGCUACAUAAAGACGACCCGCAACUUCGAGAUGUCCUUGCUCAGCGGCCUGAAGGCGGUAGUCGAGGGCGGAGGAGACGCGUGA